AUGAGAAAACUUAAUCAAGAUUUAGUGGAAAAUACAUUUAGCUAUUUGAAAGAAAUGUGUGGUAGUGUUAGUAAUAAUAUAACUGUGUUUGAUUUUAUUAAAUACAGGUAUAGUAGAUAUAUUUAAAGUUAUUUAUCAUGAUAAAUUAUUCAUUUUAGAAUGAUUUAUAUAAGCAUAUUUUGUAAUUAAAUGUUGAAAAUAUAAGUUUUUACAACGUAAUUGAUUUUUAACAAUACCUAUUAUACUAAUUUACCUGCAUUUUAGUCUUCGCUGGUACAUUCUUGGAAAACAUUCAAAUUGUAUUUUCACUAAUAAUACUAACUCCGAGUAUGGAAAUGAACAAAAUCUUUUAAGUGAAGAUGAAUGUUUAACAAGUGAAAUUAUUCAUUACUCUGAAAUUAUUUCAAGAUUAGAUAAUGUCAUGUUGGAAUUAGUAAAAGAAAGAACAUUAGUUCAACUAGUAAGUUUUGAUCUAUUAAAACAAUUUGAAAUGUCUGUUAGUACAAGAAUCAAAAGUUAA